GUAGCCCAGGGGCCGCCGCGGUGCCCGCUGCCGCCGUCGCCCUGGAAGCGGGGACGCCGCGCGGGGCCCGGGGUGCCAUGGAGGAGCCGCCGCCGCCGUCCGCCUGAUUCCCGAGGCUGCCGGCACCGAGACAAAGCGCGGGACUGCCCGCCGCGGCUUCCCGGCCGAGCCAUGGUGGAGCCGCCGGCUGAGCCUCCCCCGCAGCCCUGCCCGGCUCCCGGGGGGGCAGUGGGAGGAGAGCCAGCCCGUCCCGGGGAGCAGUCGCCGCUGCUGCACCUGGACCUGUACAACUUCGACUGCGCGGCGGCGGAGGGCAGCCGGUACGUGCUGACCAGCCCGCGGUCGCUGGAGGCCUGUGCCCGCUGCGCCGUGCGGCCGGUGGAGCUGCUGCCGCGGGCGCUGGGGGAGCUGCUGCGGGAGGCGCCCGGGCGCUCCAUGCGGGUGGCCGCCGGGCUCUAUGAGGCCUACGAGCGGGAGCGCCGCCGCAAGCUGCAGCAGUGCCGGGAGGAGCGGGAGAGGAUCAUCCGGGAGGAGAAGCGGCGGAUCCUGGCGCCUCUCGGCAGCCUGCCGCCCUCGCCCGCCGCACGGGUCACGACCCGGGCUGCAGCCACCGCUGCCACCUCCGGGCCCCGGCCCCACGGCGGGGCGAAGGCCAGGGCACCGGGGGGUGCCAAAGGCAAGAGCCACUCCCUGGACUCGUUACAGAAACGCCGUGAAGGCAGCUGGGGCAAGACCUCCUCCGAGUCGGGGGCAUCGUCCUCCUAUAGCGGGGAGAGCCUGCGAGAGCGUGGGGGCAAGUCGGGGGGCCGGGGCCGAGGGGGAGCCAUUGCUGCCAACGGCUCCUUGCUAGGGCGCAGCUUCAGCCUGGGUGACCUCAGCCACUCACCACAGACAGCCCAAAAGGUGGAGAGGAUCGUUCGGGAAGUGAAGAGGAGAAAGGGCCUGUCAGAGGUGCCGGAGAGGGACAAGAAGAUCGCGGCGCUGAUGAUUGCCAAGCACCAGGAGGCCAGCCUGCUGCGGGAGCAGCGGCAGGCUGCCCACCUCCAGUGGGACAGCCAGAAGCGCCUGGCCGAGCAGCGGAAAGAGAAGGAGGAGAAGGAAAAGCAGAGGGCCCUCUUGCAUGGCCAGCGACUGUGGGAGAGCCAGGUGGAGAAGCGUCGGGGCAGGCUGACCCAGGAACAGGAGGAAGCUGUUUUGCUGAAGCAGAGACAGCGCCAGAUGUGCGAGGAGAGGUGGCGGGAGCAAGCCGAGAAGCAGGAGCGGCUGCGCAGGGAGAGGCUGGAGAGGGCCAUUCAGGAGGACAAGCAGAAGAAGCUCCAUCAAGAGCACAACCUGAAGGUGAAGGAGGAAGGCAAGAAGGAGCACCGGGAACGAGAGGAACAGCUUCUGCAAGAGAAGCUGUCCAUGGCCGCACAGAAAAGGAUGAAGAAGGAGGUGCAGUUGCAGAAGGAGAAGAAGCUGCUCAACCAAACAGAGAAGCUGAAGCAUGAGGCUUUGCUCAAGGAACUGGCCAAGCAAGAGGCAGAAGAGAAGGAAAUGCUGAAAGCUUCCCUAGAGAUGAGCUUGACAAAGGCUCAGGAGAACUAUGAGCAAUUAAUGGAGAAGAGGAAUCAGGAACUGAGAGAAAAAGCCAGGCGAGAGGACAUGCAGAUCCAGAGAGCCAAACUGGCAGCAGAGAAGAAGGAAAGAGAGCAGAAGGAGCACUUGGAAGCCCUGGCUAGAGAGACAGAGAGAAAGCUCCAGCACGCUGCCCAGGUGGCUGAAGAGGUUGUCCAAGAAAAAGCCCGCAGGGUGGUCUUGAGUCGUCUGGAGAAGGAGAAGGUCCAGAAGAUGAACAAGCAAAAAGUAGAACAGUACGAGGACUUACGGCGCAGGGAGAUUCUCCUUUCUAUAGAGAGGAAGCUGGAGAGGAGCGAGCAGAUCUUCAAGGAGAAGAAGACUGUCUUAGAAAAUGCCAGGUCCGUUGCUCGGGCGUCCUUCCACGUUCGGGAGAGGGUGCGGGAAGAGACGAACACGCGCACCUUUGACAAGAUGGCCUUCGAGGCGGAGCUGCACGCCCACCUGAGCAAGAAGUGAAAGGCGGUGGACGAGUGGCUGUACAUUAUGGUGUACACCCAGUGAGGUAUCAGAAAGCUCCCCCCAUCAGCAUUUGAAAAACAACUAAGCAGCACCCUGAUUUCUUAUUGUGAGGGAGCAGGGUACCGCACAAAAACGUGGCAGCUAUUUCACAUACUUUUUGAAACGUGAUUUUGUUCUGGCCGUGUAUUAAGGACUGACCUUGGUCAUCUUUGCACUGGGGAGGCGAGUUUUUGUGUCUCCACCCCACAAGCACACACAUUUUCUCAAGAGAGCACUGCAGAAGAAGUCUCCUGGAAGCCUGUGAGCUACUGAGUGAUUGUCCAUACCAGAGCUGACUACAGCUGCACUCUUUUCAGAUGGAAAUUCAGACGACGGAGAAUAUUGGAGCCUGCUGACUAAGAACCCAAACCAGCCCCAGCUGAUUCUGGCUUGAGUGACAGCAGCUUGGUUUAAGUUACAGGGCUGCAUUUCCAAAGCCACUGCACUGCCAUGCUGAAGGUGAGGAUGCAGCAUGCUGGGCAGGAUGCUGAGCUAAAGGAAGCACAGAUCAAGGUUUCAUCCCACCAUGUCAGUAGACAUUAUGAUAGGAGUUGGGCAAAAGCUGUCAGAAGUUCUCACACCGUUUCUCUUUUACUAUUUGCAACUGUUGCCCCUCCCAGCUAUCUUCAAGUCUCCUUUGAAAGUUUCUCUUACAAACCUCUGCACAAUCAACUUCAUUUUUUUCAGAGGAAGGAGAGAAGUGGGCAAUCCACAAGCUGAUGAGCACCAAGACAACCCAGCUGUUCAUUAAGAUACAGGAAUGAAGGGACCUGUGAAAUCUGGCCUCUGUGGCAAACAUGGAGCCUUUGUAAACUGAAACCUGCAAAUAUUGCAGAGAGAAGUUGCCCCUCUUGGGAAUUCUUGAAACUUCAGGAGAGCCUCCACAACUUUCUCCAGAUUGUCCUGCCUUGAGCAGGAGGUUGGAGCAGGUAUCCAGUGAGAUGUCCACCCACUUCUUACAAUCAUCUGCUUGAGCAGGGCAGCAUUUAUCUGUCUGCUGGUGCUAACUUUGUGUGUAUAUAUUAUAUAGGGCACAAGAAGGAGUAGAUGCACAAAAUAAGGUACAUGACAGAUUCUCUUAGAUGAGGACCAUGGUUUGGUUUUGUUUGU